AUGGAGGGGCAUCCUUCGAACCCGCACGCCGGCCGCGACCAAAUCAACGCGCCUGGCGGUACCGUGAACAAUAGCGGCGGCCCCGGCAUCCACCUUCCCGGGGCUACGAUCCAUGGGUCUGUAUCCAUUAAUUGCUCAGGACCCCCCCAUGAAAACCCCCAGGUCGACGAGGCUACUACGCGUUCUUCGGAAAAAAAAGCCUGCCUCCGCUCUCUCGGCUUCAGCGACAUCGACGCUCGGCAGCACGAUAUAGCUCCUGCGUAUCCAGGCACAUGCGACUGGCUGUUCGACACCGCCCAGUUCCGGAAAUGGCGCGACCGCGCCGACCUACCAGCCCACAAUGGUGUGCUCUGGAUCAAGGGCAAACCGGGCGCGGGCAAGUCGACCCUGAUGAAGCAUGCUCUGCGCCACUGCGAGGAGGUUUUCGACGACCACCUGAUCGUGACAUAUUUCUUCAAUGCUCGAGGCGAAAUUUUCGAAAAGACGCCUCUAGGCAUGCUGCGGUCGAUCGUAUACCAGCUCCUCGACAAAGACGACACGCUGUACGAACGAUUCCUCCCCAUCUACGAGAAGCAGAGGGUGUGUAAGGAAGGGGAGUGGGCGUGGUCACGAGCACAACUGGAGGAUUUCAUACGCUCGGUGGUCAACAAGCGGCAGUCGAAGCCACUCCUCCUCCUUAUCGACGCGCUCGACGAGUGUGACAACCGAGAUGUUCGAGAUGUUGUCGACUUCCUUGAGAUUUUAAGCAUUAAUGCCGUCCAAGUCGGUGUUACGCUAAGGACCUGCCUUUCCAGCCGCCAUUAUCCCAACGUCAGCAUGAGGAAGACUUUAGAGUUGACCGUGGAGGCGAGCGCAGAGCACGAAAUGGAUAUUGUUACAUAUAUCAAACGGAGGCUAGAAGGGCACGAUAACGACAUUAAGGCCAAGGUUUGGAGGAAAGCAGGCGGCAUCUUCAUGUGGGUCGUUAUUGUGGUGUCGCUGCUCAACCGAGCCUACAACGACGGCCGUUUGGAGGCCAUGCACAAAGCACUCGAGGAGGUGCCAGCCAAUCUCGAGGAGGUGUUCAACAAGCUCCUAAGCAAAAACGAUCCGAAUAAGGCCGAGACGAUACGUAUGCUCCAGUGGGUACUGCUCAGUCAGCGGCCGCUGAAUCCCGAAGAGCUUUUUUUCGCCGAGCUAGCGGGAACGGCUCCGGAGUACAGUGGGCCGUGGAACCGAUCAAAGAUCACCAUGACCACCAUCCAACGACGCAUCACCGCCUCGUCCAAGGGCCUCAUUGAGGCGCGAAUAGGAUACCCAAAGUCUGUGCAAUUCAUUCAUUUAUCGGUUAACGACUUCCUGUUUCGGAACAAGAGAUUGCAGACGCUGGAUCCGACGCUGGAACCAGACCCGAUCAGUGCCAGCCACGGGAAACUGUGGGAUCGCUGCCGAUCCUUUAUCCAGCAACUAGACAUUGUCUUAACUAGCGAGCAGCAUAUAAGGCAGUUAAGCAAGGACUAUCCAUUUCUGCAGUAUGCAGCGAGCUAUAUGUUCGACCACGCAGAGAAGGCGCUGUCCGGAGAGACAAUGCAACAGGAGAUUGCACGAUGGCUGCGCAUGGGAAAUAACUGGUUUGGAUGGUGGAAGAUAUUUUUCUCGACGGUCAACGGUCAUUCAUACUUGGAGCGUAAUAUGGAUGCAGGACUCCUUUACGUAUUAUCGCUUCGUGGUUACCGAAAGCUAGUCACCGUUAUUCUAGCAGGAGGCAGCGCCGACGUCAACGCGCAGGGGGGCAAUUACGGCAACGCCCUUCACGCGGCUUCGGCAAACGGCCACGAAAACGUCGCCCGGCUCCUGCUGGACGCGGGGGCCGACGUUAACGCGCAGGGGGGCAAUUACGGCAACGCCCUUUACGCGGCUUCGGCAAACGGCUACGAAAACGUUGCCCGGCUCCUGCUAAACGCGGGGGCCGACGCGGCUUCGGUACACGGCUACAAAAACGUUGCCCGGCUCCUACUAGACGCGGGGGCCGACGUUAACGCGCAGGGGGGCUAUUACGGCAAUGCCCUUUACGCGGCUUCGGCAGGCGGCCACGAAGACGUCACCCGGCUCCUGCUGGACGCGGGGGCCAAUGCCGAGAGUUUGACGUGUAUUAGGGUCGAAUUAAACUAGCGUCCCGACUCGGAAUCGAACUCGGGAGGUGAUUAGUGGUUACUACUAUGUGCGGGAGCCCGAAACCCCAACCACUCGUGGAGUGGCGUGGCGUCUUAUUUGCAUUAUGUUAUCACGGCCAUUACGGCUUCCUAUUUAUGAAGGCAUUUUAAAGUCGCUCAGACCCGGGGUGCAUGGCCCGUCCUGGCUAAGGUGUUUGCCCACCUUGCCUGAGCUGACUACUCCCUGGUGUAUCUGCCGCAGCCAACUUGCUGAGCCUUCCAAUCUCAAAUUCUAUCAGCCUCUCAACGUGGGCAUCCGUAACCCA